AGAACAAGAUUACGCCAGAAAACUCGAACCCGUGACCUGCUCGGCCUGGCUCGGCUCGGCACAGUACCACGGUCGCAAGAAGCGCCUGGUCCUGGUCCUACUCCGCUCCGCCCGACUGUCGUUUCGUCAUGGCGUACUGCAUGCGAGUUUUGUACCGCAAGGGUCCACAGGUGGUGGCCCUUGACGUACAGCAGAGAUGCUUCUCUGUAUCUCCACUGGCCGCCAUGGCCACCAAGGUAGCCAUGAGCCGCCUUGACACGGCUCCCCUGCCCUAUGACAAGCUGGCUAGCAAUAUCGCAGUUGUCAAGAAGAGGCUGGCAAGACCUUUGACACUGUCAGAGAAGAUCUUGUACUCUCAUCUGGAUGACCCCAAAGGCCAAGAUGUUGAGCGAGGUGUCUCCUAUCUUCGCCUUCGCCCUGACCGUGUGGCUAUGCAGGAUGCGACUGCACAGAUGGCUAUGCUUCAAUUCAUUUCAUCUGGCCUCCCCAAAGUGGCUGUCCCAUCCACCAUUCACUGUGACCAUCUCAUUGAAGCUCAAAUUGGUGGUGCAGAGGAUCUUAGCCGAGCUAAGGACUUAAACAAGGAGGUUUAUGACUUCCUUCGCAGUGCUGGUGCCAAGUAUGGAGUUGGUUUCUGGCACCCUGGCUCUGGAAUCAUUCACCAGAUUGUUUUGGAAAACUAUGCCUUCCCUGGUCUUCUGUUGAUUGGUACUGACUCUCACACCCCUAAUGGCGGUGGUUUGGGUGGCCUGUGCAUCGGUGUUGGUGGUGCUGAUGCUGUGGACGUCAUGGCUGACAUCCCAUGGGAGUUGAAGUGCCCCAAGGUUAUUGGUGUAAAACUGACUGGAACUCUGAAGGGAUGGACUUCACCCAAGGAUGUGAUCCUGAAGGUGGCUGGUAUCUUGACUGUCAAGGGUGGUACUGGUGCCAUUGUGGAGUACUUUGGCCCUGGUGUUGAUUCCAUCUCAUGCACAGGUAUGGGAACUAUUUGCAACAUGGGAGCUGAGAUUGGUGCUACUACCUCAGUUUUCCCCUUCAACAGCAGAAUGGCUGCCUACUUGGAAUCAACUGGUCGCAAGAAUAUUGCCGAUGAGGCUGCUCGUGUGAAGGAUGUUCUGCUUUCUGCUGAUGCUGGAUGCAAAUAUGAUCAGGUGAUUGAAAUUGACCUGAGCACUCUGGAACCCCAUGUCAACGGUCCCUUCACUCCCGAUCUUGCUCACCCCAUCAGCAAACUGGGAUCUAACGCCAAGAAGGCUGGCUGGCCCGAUGAAAUCAAAGUUGGUCUGAUUGGAAGCUGCACAAACUCAUCUUACGAGGACAUGACUCGUUGUGCCAGCAUUGCUGAGGAAGCCCUCAAGCACGGGCUCAAGUCCAAGAUUCCCUUCAAUGUGACCCCCGGCUCUGAACAAGUUCGCGCAACUAUUGAACGUGAUGGUGUGUCUGAGACUUUCCGCAAGUUCGGUGGCACCGUCCUGGCCAACGCUUGUGGACCUUGCAUCGGUCAGUGGGACCGCAGGGACGUCAAGAAGGGAGAGAAGAACACCAUUGUCACCUCAUACAACCGUAACUUCACCGGCCGCAACGACGCCAACCCCGCCACUCACGGAUUCGUCACCUCACCUGAGCUCGUUACCGCCCUGUCCAUCGCCGGCUCCUUGAGCUUCAACCCACUUACUGACACACUGAAGGGAGCUGACGGCAAAGAGUUCAAGCUGUCUGAUCCGUUCGGAAAGGAGCUGCCCCCUAAAGGUUUCGACCCUGGCCAGGACACCUACCAGGAACCCCCUAAGGAUGGAUCCGGCCUGAAGGUUGUUGUCGACCCCAAGAGUCAGCGUCUGCAGCUUCUCGACCCAUUCACCAAGUGGGAUGGCCAGGACUACAAAGACCUCACUAUUCUCAUUAAGGUGAAAGGAAAGUGCACAACAGAUCACAUCUCUGCUGCUGGCCCUUGGCUGAAGUACCGUGGCCACUUGGACAACAUUUCAAACAAUUUGUUCCUCACAGCAACAAAUGCUGAAAAUGGCGAGCUCAACAAAAUCAAGAACCAAAUCACUGGUAACUAUGGUGGUAUUGCUGAAGUUGCCCGUGCUUACAAGGCCAAGGGUGUGAGGUGGGUUGCCAUCGGUGAUGACAACUACGGUGAGGGCAGCUCUCGGGAGCAUGCCGCUCUUGAGCCCCGUCAUCUUGGUGGUGUAGCUAUCAUUGUAAAGUCCUUUGCUCGUAUCCACGAAACAAACUUGAAAAAGCAGGGCAUGCUGCCUCUGACCUUCGCUAACCCCGCCGACUACGACAAGAUCACUCCAUUCGACAAAGUGUCAAUACUUGGCCUGAAGGACUUGGCCCCUGGCAAGCCUCUCAAGUGUGAACUUAAGCACCCUGAUGGCAAGACAGAAACCAUCUCCCUGAACCACACAAUGAACGAUCUGCAGAUCACAUGGUUCCGUGCUGGUAGCGCACUCAACAGAAUGAAGGAGGUGUCAAAGUAAAUUUAGAUGAAUUCAUCCAUUUGUUCUCACAUCCUAUGUCUCUAGUCAGGCUCUUUAUUUGGCGCAUUGUAGUGCUAUAGUAUGAUUUAAUAUUUAUCAUGCAAUUUGAAGGUGCAAGUGAUUGUUUUCUUUUACUUUAACAUCAGUUUCAAAUUUUUGUUUUUAAUUUGAAAUUUUAUAUCUGGAGUUUUCUGUGGCAGUGUGUAAUUUUUUUUCUUCUCCAUAAUAGUGUAAAGACGAUUCAUUGAUUUUGAGAGUAAGGUAUGGGAAGUUUUUCACAUGUCACAGUAUUUUAAGUCUUGUGUCUUUUAAGACCUUGAUGAGGUUGUAUUAUGUAAUUUUACUUUGAACUAUGCUAAUGAAUUGGCUAUUAGAAUAGUGUAUUAAUGUGAUAUAGUUCUUACAAUUAUGUCAGAGUUCAAAUUUUAUCGGUCACUUGGACACCAUGAUUUCAAAGGUCUGAGAACCAUUAUUAAUGUAGUGGUCCUGUAAUGUUGCCAAAAUUUGGAGAGCUGAUGAGAAGGAUGCAUGCUAUUCAGAGGCUGCCCCUGUAAAUCAAGGCUAUGAUAUAAAUAAACGGUAUGAAAUGUGCUGAGUGUAAUGUACAAUUCCUGACUCCAGCUGAAGUGUGCCCGAAUUAUAUUGUGGGGCUUAAGACUGAUUGUGGUAUACCCCUUGCCACACUUAUAAGCCACAGCCCGAUUUGGCAGUGCUUUAUCAAUUUCUGUGAAAUGGUAUAUUGUUGAAUUUGAAAUUUUUAAUGCUCUGUUUUUUUGAAAGGAAUGGGCACAGCUCAAUUGUUCAGUCAUCUAAUUAAGUACUUUUGCAAGCUGAGAGUCUGAUUUGUACAUAUUGGUAUGUCUGCAGCAGAGCAAUUGUCUUGAACCAAAUAAAGUAACAUUGACAAUAAAAAA